UUUGAGAUAUGAAUAUAUAAUUAGGUAAAAUGUUUUUAUAUAAUUGAAUAGAAAAAUGGUUUCAGAUUUAAGAAUUCAAUUUAAUAGAGGAUGAUGGCUCAUAAUGACAAUGGAAAAUAAAAACAGACAAAUUUGAUUUCAAAAAAAGACCAUUUCUCAUGAGCUUUGUUUUAAUGAAGAUUCAAAAUGAAAGACGACUCCAAAGUGAAUUUAUCUGAUGCAGAAGUGCUGGAAUAUUCUGAUUUUAUUAUUGAAGAAAAACCUCUGAACAAUAAAAGUGAUGUUAACAAGGAUGUGGUUGGUUUGAACUCCAUACCUCUUGCUUACAAUGUGAGCACUCUACCACUACACAACUACUGCAUUUGUACUGCAUUGCUGCAAUUGACAGCAUGCAUUCGAAAGAAAUUAGGUUUUGUGAUUCAUCAUCAUAAUUUCCAGAUUAUCAUUUGUUUGCUGGUGUUGCUAGAUAUUGCAAUAGUUGUUACUGAGAUAAUGUUAGAGUCUGUCAACAACAAUGACAAUCACAAAGUGGAAAAAGCAGAAAAGAUUUUGCAUUAUGUUAGCCUUUCAAUACUCACUCUAUUUAUGUUGGAGUUAGUAAUUAAAAUAUUUGCUAUGGGAAUAGAGUUUUUCAAACAAAAGUUCGAAAUAUUUGAUGGGCUGGUCAUCACUAUCUCUUUCUUUUUAGAUAUUUUUCUCAGUUCUGGUGGGCUGAAAUUUGGAGUUGAGUUCUUAAUUAUUCUUCGGCUUUGGAGAAUCACAAGAGUGAUAAGUGGAAUAAUAUCGUCGAUUAAAAAAACCGCUGCUGAAAAAGAACGAAAGUUAGCUGCGGAAAAAGAAGCUAUAGAAACGGAGAACAAGAUGCUUUUGCAGCAAAUAAACACACAAAAAGAUGAGAUCAGAUUUUUGAAAGAGCUUUUAAAUAAAAGUGGCAUUGACGAAAAUAUAAUAAAGCCGAAAGACGAAGCAUAAAGUAUUGAUGGCGUCAUUUUUGAGCUAAAGCUUUUUUGUUUGUUUAAAAAGCACGUUAAUAAUGGCGUUAAAAGUUUUAUAUUUCAACAUUAAAAUUGAUUAACAUUAAAGAGGUUUAUUAACUUUUCAAGAUCGCUAAAUGCUUGACAAUUUUUUUAUUAUUAUUAAUGUAAAGUAUAUAAACACACGCACACAGACAAUAAUUGUGAUCUCAAGGACAAAAUGGUCUGGCAUUACGCCUAAUAUUUAUAAUAUCCGAAAUAAGGAAAUAAAAUCGUUUCUAAAGAAUAUUGUAUCUGAAUAGGUUAAAUAUAUAGUUAUAUUAAAAUUAGAGAAA